UUGAAUAACUAUCCAUCAAUCAUUCACUCUUGAAGUGUACAACUGACCCGAGAUCAGUCACUCAUAGGCAAGCAGCGGCUGCUGCACACAUUUUGGUGAACGCCUUCACACCGUAGUCGUCUUCCUGCAGUCACAGAUCUAUCAAACGGAUGUUGGGUUCCCAUUGCGCCUGGAAUGGAUAAGAGCCAUGGCCCACUCUAAUCUACGGUCGCCAUCCUCUUCUCCCCACGAUGACGUCAACCUGGGUCCUUCAGCUGACCCUCAUGCCAAGCCCACUGACUUUGACUUCCUGGCUGUCAUUGGCAAAGGGACCUUUGGAAAGGUCCUGCUCGCCAAGCUCAAAGCCACCAACCAGUUCUACGCUGUCAAAGUGCUGCAGAAGAAAGUCAUCUUGAAGAAAAAGGAGCAAAAAAACAUCAUGGCGGAGAGAAACGUGCUGCUCAAAAGCCUGAAACACCCGUUUCUGGUUCGCCUCCAUUACUCUUUCCAGACCCCCGAGAAGCUCUACUUUGUUCUCGACUACGUGAAUGGUGGAGAACUCUUCUUUCACCUGCAGCGUGAGAGAUGCUUCUCUGAGCCCAGAGCGAGGUUCUACACGGCAGAGGUGGCGAGCGCUAUUGGCUACCUUCACUCCCUCAAUAUUGUCUACAGGGAUCUGAAGCCCGAAAAUAUCCUCUUAGAUUCUCAGGGCCAUGUGGUGUUGACAGAUUUUGGUUUGUGCAAAGAAGGUGUGGAGCCAGAAGGAACCACCUCAACUUUCUGUGGAACACCCGAAUACUUAGCGCCAGAAGUUCUUCGCAAGGAACCUUAUGACAGGACGGUUGACUGGUGGUGUCUUGGAGCUGUGCUUUAUGAAAUGAUUUACAGUCUGCCUCCUUUCUACAGCCGUGACGUUGGAGAAAUGUAUGACGGGAUUCUCCAUAAGCCUCUGCUGCUCCCACCAGGGAAGUCUGAGGCUGUGUGCUCCCUGCUGGAGGGUCUCCUGCAGAAGGACCAGCACAGACGUUUCGGGGCCAUCGCCGACUUUUUAGAAAUCAAGAACCACACUUUUUUCUCAUCAAUCAACUGGGACGACAUUUACCACAAGAGAAUCACUCCUCCUUACAACCCCAAUGUGAGGGGCCCUGCUGACACUCAGCAUAUCGACCCAGAGUUCACCAGGGAAAUGGUUUCUAAUUCUGUGAGCCGUACGCCGGAAUUUAACGCCAGCACGAGUUCCAACAACGCCUUCAACGGCUUCUCCUACGUGGCCAGUGAGGACAGCUUUCUGUAAAAGGAACUCACUAGUUGAAGGGCUAACAAUGUGGCCCUUCGUGUUAUAUGACAAUGUAGCUGACCGCUGCUCAAUGUAAGGGUUCACGAUGGAGCCAUUUUGUAACAGAGUACGUGGACUUGUUAAUCCAGUCUAGUUUUAUCUCCUCUUAAGUACAAUGGGGAGGAGGUGUUGGUGAAUGUAAAUAUGUGAUCAUUCUAUUAUUGUUUCUGUGAUGCUACGCAAAUACUGUCAGUCCAAUAGAGAGGACAGUGAGUGUUUAAUGCCCUUGUUCUUCUGAACCAAACUCAUCCAAGCAUGCCUUUCUGCACUUUGUACACCGAGAACAGAGAGAGUGCCCCCCCCCCCCCCACACCAAACAGUUGGUGGCUUUCAGUUGUCUUGCUAAUGUGAGGAAGUAACAGUCAAAGACAACAAAUGGUGUGAGGGCCUUUUUUGGGUAGCAUCUCGAUAACAUCCUAUUUUUCACAAUAACUUUUGGAUGCAUUGUGCAGAGAUGUUUCAAUGCCAACUGGCUGAAGGUGUUGUCUUUUAAGCGCGUGUCAGCUCAGAACUGCUAAAUGUAUUCCUCAAGCCACAGGAAGAAGAAAACAUUUUUGAGACUUGUCAUGGUGGCUGAAAAACAAUUAUAUGGAGAGAAAAAAAACAAUUUCAAGGAGGAGAAAAAUGUUUCCUUUGUCAUAGCCUUUUCUAUCUAUCCAUUGUGCUUUAGAGUGCAAGAAAACACAUAGGUGGGUUUGGACCUCAAUAACCAAACAAAUAAAUCAUUCGUGGUAAGUUCCAUUUAAUAUGGAAUGAACAAUGAUCAUAAUUAAUUCGUUGUUAGAAAAUGCUUUAAUCGGUCAGUGAAUACUGCAAACUGUUUGUAAUGUGUACUCUCUCACUAAUUAUUUCUGUAUUGUGCCUUGUAAAUGUGAUCUUAAACAAUACAUUGUAAAUGUUUA